AUGGACUACAGCAUCGUGGCCAUCCUAUUUUCUCUUUUGCACGUUUUGAAUGUGGGCACAGCUGCUCCGCUGCCAGUGGAAGUAGAGAAGGCGAAAGUGGAACGGAUGGCUAAACAGCUGAUUGUUAAGCUGAACAAAGACUUCCAGGGCCCUCCUGGCCGGACACUUACUUCACCCGCUGAUAAUUUGGAUGGACUUUCCUCCAUAGUGAUGGUCUUGGAGGGUUAUAACAACCUGAUCUCAGAAAACUUCAACGGGGUCUCCCAGGUGAAGUCUGAAAUCUCUUCGUUGACGGGUUAUCUUGAUCAGAGGGUGAAGGGGUCCUGCAGCAAGCAUCUGACAAAAACCUCAGUGCCUGGACCGCUGCAGGAGCUACAGAGUCGAAAGGCGUUUAUUCACACUGUGAGCAUUGAGGCUCUAAUGAGAGUGAAGCAGGUCCUCAAUCAGCUGCUGAAGAACAUGGAUCACCUGAAAACUUGCUAG